AUGACCGUCCGAAACGGCACCAGCAGCAGCACCACAAACGGCACCUCCGCCUCGCCUUCCCACACCUCCCUUCCAACCGUCCCACCAAGCGGCGUCUGGGCCCCCGCAAUAACAUUCAUCAACGCCCCAACCGACACGCUCGACCUCCGCACCCAAAGCAAAUACUACGCCUACCUCUCUUCCACGGGUCUAAGCGGGCUCGUAAUCCUCGGCACAAACGCCGAACCAUUCCUGUUGACGCGCGAAGAGCGCAAAACCCUCCUUCUUACAGCUCGACAAUCUGUCCCAGACACAUUCCCGCUCAUGGCCGGCGUCUCAGGCCACUCCACAAAACAAGUUCUCGAAUUCAUAGCCGACGCAAAAGACGCAGGGGCUGAUUACGCCCUGUGUUUGCCGCCGGGGUAUUUCGGGAAACAGACGACCAGCGAAGUAGUGGUUGAUUUCUUCGACGAGAUCGCGGCCGCGAGUCCGUUGCCGAUUGUGAUAUAUAACUUCCCGGCUGUCGUGAACGGGGUCGAUCUGGACUCUGCGACGAUUGCGGCUCUGGCGAGAAAGUGGCCGGGGAAGAUUGUUGGGGUUAAGCUGACGUGUGGUUCUGUUGCGAAGAUCACGCGGCUUUCUGCGGAGCUCCCUGAAGGGACCUUUGCGGCGUUCGGCGGGCAGAGUGAUUUUCUUGUUGGGGGGUUGGCGGCGGGUGCGGUUGGGACAAUUGCGGGGUUUGCGAAUGUCUUUCCUAAGACCAUUGUGAGGAUAUAUGAUCUGUACCAGGCGGGAAUGGUGAAGGAGGCUGUGGAGUUGCAUAAGAAGGCGGCGCUGGCGGAGCAGCCGUGUAAGGCGGGGAUUGCGAGUGUUAAGUAUGCGGUGGGGAUCACGACGGCAAAGAAGGCGGGGAUUGAGGGGGCGGCGGAGAAGUUGAAGCCUAGGCGGCCGUAUAAGGCGUUGGACGAGAAGGGGAAGAUUGCGGUUGAGGAGAUGGAAUUACGCAUUAGCACCGAACAGCAUCAACAUACCCAUCCUGUUAAUUUGUCUUCCAAUGCUGCCUACAGCCCGGACAGAGAUGGGUCUCGUCCCUACCCGACAUCAUGUGCUGAGCUUCUCGCACAAUGCUCAUGUAUCCACUGUCCUGUCUACUCGCAAACUUGGCCAUAUCCUGCUGCGGUCAACAAUACACCUCCGCAAAGAGAACUGGGGGCAUACCACAUGGUUAGCCAGGAUGGGGAAGCACGGUUCCCCAUCAAUGGUAGCCGAGUCCUCAGAGACAACAACAGAGCGCAUCAUAGGGAUCGUCUCGUAAAAGCAGACGAUCUGGAUCCGGCAUCCUUCAUCCUUCCGCUUCUCCAGGAGAUUGUAAAACGACCGGCGCAUCUCAUGGAGGGCCUUGGACCGGGGUCCUAG